AUGGUUUUGCCGACGCUUCUGAAUGUUGUUUCGGAGCAGCAGUUUAUUGCAAGUCCAUCGAUUCUUCUGAGAACAUUGGUAAAAUUAAUCUCGAGUAAAUCAAGAGUUGCUCCUCUUAAAAGCCUAACGAUUCCCAGGCUUGAGCUAUGUGCAGCUGUCUUAUUAUCAAAGUUGGUGAAAAAAAUCCUUAUCGCCUUGACAUUAGAAGUGACUCAAGUCUACUUAUGGACAGAUUCAAUGAUAGUUCUCGCAUGGAUACAAAAGAAACCUAUGGACCUUAAGACGUUUGUUCAACAUAGAGUGGCCAAAAUUCAAGAACUUUCAUCUGUUCAACAGUGCCAUCAUGUGACAUCGGAUCAGAAUCCGGCGGAUCUCCUAUCACGGGGUGUAGAUCUUGAUAAGCUAAUGCAUCACAAAUUGUGGUGGUGUGGUCCAGCGUUUCUGGUGGACAGUGACUAUUCAACUCGGACAGUAACUAACUAUCUCGGAUAA